UGUAAAUUUGAACUGAGUACUGAGCUGCGACUAUAGAUUCAUUUACUACACACACGUUUAAAAAUAACCAUCUCCGGCUUAUAUAACGUGGAAUUUGUGAUUUUUCCCAGAUGUCACAGCUUCGUCUUUCACACUAUUUACACGGCGGCCGUAGCUCAGAUCUUCAGUGUCGUCUGAUUUGGGAGCUUGGGGAAGUCGACGGGCUUCGUUGGCAUGCGUGAACACGUAAACAUUCAACAGAGCGAAGUAAACUAACAUUAAUGGUUCCAGAUUAUAACUCAAGGCUCAACGGGCAGUAAACUAAACAUAAAUCUUUGAACGGACGUGCAUUACGUCAGAUUCGACACGUGAGCCGCCUUCAUGAAUUGGAUGAGAUUUAGUGUUCCAGGGGCUAUUUUCAUUUCGGGUCAUGUACAUCGAUGGGCGGCGUCAGUCAGCCGCGCGGUGCUGCUGAAACCAUGUCACUCCGCGCAGUAGCUCCCUCUCGGCAGCCGCAACAUGGCCCACCCGCUCCCCACACAAAACCUCCAAGAUGAACCCGCAUCUUGGCAAAUCAAGAAGUCCAACAUAAGUGGAAGAGGAAUAUUUGCCACCCAACCCAUCCAGCGAGGCACCCUCAUCUUCCGCAACAGACCACUCAUGGUAGGACCCCUGGGAGACCACGCCCGAAAAAAAUUCUGCUCCAUUUGCUACGUCAUAAAGGACACUUGCUACUCAUGUGAAAAAUGUGGAAUCUUUGUCUGUUCUGCCACAUGCGAAACCUCCCAGCAGCAUACCAAAGAGUGUGACUUUGUCGUGCAAAAUUGGAAAUUAAAACCAGGAUGUGAAAAACAACCAACCGAUUUAACCAGAGCACUCGUAUUUAUAAGAUCACUAUUGUUGGACGACGAGGAAAUGCACUUGUUAUCUUCAUUCCAAAAAAAUCAAGCAGUAGGAGCCGUGGACGAGGUGGAUGCAUUGUGUGCUAAUUACGACAUACCGGAAGAACAAAUAAAAUUAAUGAAAUCAGUUGAUUCAAUUACAAAAUUAAACGCGUUCAGAAUAGCACAUGGCGAGGUUGAAUCCAAAGUACCACUUCGUGGUUUGUAUUAUUUAUCAGGUUUACUGAAUCACAGCUGUAUACCUAACACAAGAAAUGCCUUUGACAAGAAUAACAAUAUGGCUGUUUACGCAACAAGGGACAUUGAAAUCGGAGAGGAGAUCUUGACGUGUUACACUGGUCUGCUGUGGUGUACGCCCGCGAGGCGCUGUCAGUUACAAAAAACUAAAAAAUUCUGGUGCAAAUGUGAAAGAUGUUCCGAUCCAACCGAAAUGGGUACAAGGCUGUCGGCAUUGAAGUGUUUGAAUAAAGAAUGUGUCGGAGUUUUACUGCCGACCAGCCCUUUGGACCCUGCAUGUGAUUGGCGGUGUGACAACUGCAGCGCCGCGGUCGCUGCGGCGCAAAUAAGCGUAGUGCAAAGUGUGCUCGGCAGCCUGGUGGGCACCCUGGACCUCGACGAUCAGUUCCGACUGGAGACGCUGGUGCUGGAGAGAUUGUCUCAUUUCAUACCCUACUCCAAUCACAUAUUUGUGGACUUGAGACUGAGAUUAGGAUUGAAGCUCGGUUUCACUGAAAAGCUGAAAUUACAGGAGCUAACGGAGUCCCGGUUGGCCCUGAAAGAGAGCCUAUGCCGCGGCACGCUGCGCACGGCGGCGGCGCUGGGCGUGGGCGACGCGCACCUGCGCGGCCUGCUGCUCUACCACCUGCACGCCGCGCUAGCCGAGCGCGCCCGGCGCUCGCCCGAGCUGUAUGAGGUACCAGACCUUCUUAUACUACCCUUAAAGGACACAUAA